AUGACUACUAGCAUAAAUUCGGUGGUGACCGUUUUCCAAAACGUAUUCACAAAUCAUGGAAGCUCAUUGCUCAAUGGCAUUCUGAUAGCAACGACGAUUGGUGGACAAUCGCUGGUCCGUAAGUUGACGUUUGCAUGUCCAUGUGCCUACCCGCUUAAUAUUUAUCAUUCACUGGUAUUCAUGUUCGGACCAACCGCGGCCCUUCUAUUGAUCGGGAUAAUGGUUAAUAAUACCACGUGGAAAUUAUCGCACGGCGCAUUUUUUCGGGUGAAUGAAACCCGACAUAGUUGGAAAACGACGUGUGUUUCAUGGAUCGAGGUAAUUGUGCAAUCAUCGAUCGCCCCACUUGCAUGGCUUUUUGUGGUUUUUCUCGAUGGCGGAUAUUUUCGAUGCUUGCGAGCUCAUGAAUAUUGCAAAAUGGAGGACGCCGAGUUGUGCAAGAACACCACGAUCUUCAACGCGUAUUUGGCGUCGACGAGUUUCGAGAAAAUCAGCGACGGCGGACGAAUAUGCCCGCCGUGCAUUUGCAAUCCGCCGCCGACGGACGCCUCGUUUUUAGAAGCCGAAUCGCAGAUCUACGCGUGGGUUCUCGUCAUUUUCUGCGGGAUUUUGGGAUUUUUGAUGUUAUGUUGUAGUCGAAUGUGCGACAAGUACACAUUGGUUCAACGCCAGUACGUCGAGACUUACAAGAAUGUCGAGAAUCAGCAAUUCGACGCCGUUGCCAAGGAGCACGUGACCGCGUUGGCUGAGAGCAACGCUCGCGCAUUUUUCAGCCAAAAAGACUGGACAAAACGGGAUUGGGACUGGAUUUCGGGAAUUCCGGAGCUGAAUAAUCCGCUUUUUGCGAGACUUCGAUUAAUUGCGUCGGAGAAGACGUCUCAGACAAUGUACACUCCUCUACAGCUUUGGAAUGAUCAUAAGGUUGAUGCUGACAUUGUGGCGAGAAGGAGAAUUGCCGCUGUUGAAUCCGAGAUAAUCGACCGUUGA